AACGAACGAACGAAGGACGAAGGACGGGGAAGCACGGAAGCUCUCUCUUCGUCGUUCUCGGACCGGCUCGCUCGGUUCGGGAAAGGGAAGGGAAGGGAAAAGUGGGUUGACCGACCGCGACCGCGCUGGGGCCUUUGACGACGAGGCACGAGGCCAUCGCGAGGUUUAGAGGCUGCCCUGCGCUCGAGCAUUAAGGAAGGCCCUGCGGGCAAGGAAGGGCCGGAGCAGCAGCAGCAGCAGCAAGCGAGGGGAGACUUUUCUGGCCGUCUCCCUGAAGUCGUCUGUCUCCGCGGGCUCGUCCGUCGCUUGUCUUCGGCUUCGGGUUCGGCUUCUUCUACGACGCAGGCCGGCGAGUGCCGUAUGAUUAUUGUAUUCCGAUACUCGUAUACUGUGAUUGCUUUCGGUGCCCGGGGCGGGCCCUGUUUGCGGAGUGGCGUGCCGGCACCCUCCCACGGUUCACGUUAUGGUUGAGAUUGGGAGUUAGAGAGGUGUAUUGUCCUCUGCGGCAGUCCAUGGACAAUGCAAUCGAUCGGCAAGGCUUGAUUCAUCAAUUUCUCUCCUGAUCAGUCUCCGGAGGUGGACGUGUUAAUGUAGGCGGAUCGCGGUCGGUCGGUCGCGAUAAUGGCGAGGCAAAGGUCACAGAGCUCUUGGCUGCGAGGCUUCAGCUUGUCCUACUACCUCAGGAGACCUCGCAAGCUCGCCUUCGUCUUGGUUUUCUUCGUAAUUUCUACGUUUCUAAUUUGGGAUCGACAGACGAUCAUCCGGGAGCAUGAGGUGGCGAUAAGCGAAGUGAGCAAGGAAAAUUACAUCCUCAGCCAAAAGCUCGAAGAUUUGAGAAAGUUCGUUAAGCAAAAGGUUGAAGUUGAAGAUAUACCGAGAGACUUGGACCUUGGAGAUGACCAAGAUGGGGACAUCGAAAUAGAGGACAAGCCUGACGUGGGUGACGAUGACAGUCGUUCUCAGUCUGUGAAAGACCGCAAAUCCCCACAAUUAAAUCACGUUGUUCUGGAUGGAUCGAAAGACGCACCAGCUGAUGACGACCUAGUUGCCAGAGAAAGGCGGGACAAAGUGAGGGGUGCUAUGUUGCAUGCCUGGACCUCAUAUGAGACAUAUGCAUGGGGCUUUGACGAGCUGAGGCCUAUGUCGAAAACUGGCGUGAACCAAUUUGGAGGGUUAGGUGCAACCAUUGUCGACUCUCUGGAUACCCUGUAUAUCAUGGGGUUCCAUGAACAGUUCAAAAAGGCAUCGGAGUGGGUAUCUCAGAAUAUGAAUUUCAACAAGCACUAUGGCGCCAGUGUCUUCGAAACUACCAUCAGAGUACUUGGAGGACUACUUAGCGCGUAUGACUUGUCGGGAGAUAAAAUGUUCCUAUCAAAAGCCCAAGAAUUGGCAGAAAGGUUGCUCCCUGCAUGGAACACGGCAUCUGGUAUACCUUACAACACGAUCGAGCUCGCUACUGGGAGUGCUUCUAAUCCCCAAUGGACAGGAGGCUCGAGUGUUUUAGCGGACAUCGGAACAGAGCAGAUUGAGUUUAUUGGGCUAUCUCAAAGAACUGGCAACCCGAAGUACAAGGAGAAGGUUGAGAAUGUCAUUUUCCAGCUCAAAAAGGUCAUGCCCAAUGAUGGACUGCUUCCUAUAUAUAUCAGUCCACAUUCAGGGAAGCCCACCACCACGAAGAUCACCUUUGGAGCGAUGGGAGACAGCUUCUAUGAGUAUCUCCUGAAGGUGUGGAUUCAAGGAAACAAGACUGAAGUUGUCAAACAUUACAGAGAAAUGUUUGACCACUCAAUGGAAGGUAUGAUGACCUUGGUAAAGAAGUCAAGUCCUUCAAACUACGUCUACCUUGCGGAGCGGACUGGAGACGUACAUCAGGCCAAGAUGGACGAGUUAGCUUGUUUUGCUCCAGGAAUGCUUGCACUCGGAGUAGAAGGUGCAAGUGAAGAGAAUGCCAAGAAGUACUUGGAUCUUGCAAAAGAGCUUGCCCGUACAUGCUACAAUUUCUACAUGUCAACACGCACGAAGCUUGCUGGAGAAAACUAUCACUUCAGGGAUGGAGAGGAUAUGAGUGUUGGAACAGCUUACAACAUUCUGAGACCAGAAACGAUCGAGUCACUUAUGUACCUCUAUAGGAAGACUGGAGACAAUAUGUAUAGAGAUUGGGGCUGGGAUAUUUUUCAAGCCUUCGAAGCCAAUUCUCGAGUGCCUACUGGCUAUGUUGGCCUCCAUGAUGUUAAUUCAGGAGUCAAAGAUGACAUGAUGCAAAGUUUCUUUCUGGCGGAGACGCUCAAAUACUUGUACCUUCUGUUUUCUCCAUCUACUGUUAUACCUUUGGAUGAGUGGGUAUUUAACACAGAAGCUCAUCCUUUGCGUAUCAUCCCAAGGGUCAACGAGCCCAUUAGUUUGGAAGAGCCUAUACAUGAGGAAAGCAGAGGUAGGAUGACUGAACAGAGUCGAAAAGAGGAGAUGAUGGAGAGAAUGCGCAACUCAAGUGGUAAGAGGAAUAGCCAAAAGAGGUUAGGAAGGAAAGAAGGUAGAGGAGGAACAUUGGGUUCAUUCGAUUACAGGUAGAUUCCGCUGCUCUGGUUCAAUUUUGUAUGUCAUUUUAUACAGGUCUAAAAUUCAGCACCCUCAUUUCGAGGAGGCAUGUGUACUGCU